AUGUCCUCGUCACCCCUCAACCCUUUCUCGCACCCCCCGUCUGUCCCAGAUCCGCAGCAAUCUAGACAUGCCCCAAGUUCGUCGCCUCCAGCCAACCCCAUGUCCUCUCCUACCCCAUUUUUCCGGCCUUCUCCAGGUGGACAGGGAAGUAGCUCGGGUCCGGGGCUGGGGAAAGGAAAGCUGUCUACUCGCUAUACUAGACCGGCGCGAAAAUCACUACCCUCCGCUUUGGCAUCGUACAGUCCGGCGGGUCCUAGCAAUGGGGACCUCUUCUCGGAAGGUACGACUCCUCUCGAGGGAGCAAUGUGGCGAGAACGGUUUACUCGGCGGAUGGGCGAGAGAACAAGAAGAAAACAGGUGAAAGAGAGGAAUCUAGAGAUGCGGAGAGGCAUAGGACGACCGUUAUUCACAGACGACAUAGAGGAGGAUGAAGACGAGCUGGAGAGAAAGGCGAAAGAAGAUGAUGAUGAAAUAUACAGACGGAUCACGAUACUUCAACGCAAAAAAGCCAUCCAUGCCCAGCUGGUCAACGAAGAAUACGAGACUGGCGGCUCGGAUCCCAAUCUGCCAGACUUCUGGGAAGACGAGCUGGAGCAAAUGCAGAGAGAGGAGAGAGACCUUAUACGACGCUUGGAGGCGGGUAUUCCAGAGGGGAUUGAGGAUGAAGAGGAGGUACCAGAAGAGCUAGUGAGAGAGGCGGAGGAAAUCGACAUGGGCGAGGGACGUGGGAUGAACAUGGACGCAGCGGUAGAGGAGGAUGAAUGGGAUAUGGAUAUCACAUGGGAGGAGAUGGAGGUCGCAAGGAAGGUAGAAGAAGAGGCCUUUGGUGCCAGUGGGAACUUGCGACGGUCAGACGGGGACGGGAUGGAUAUAGACUAA